CGCCGAGCAGGCUGCCGCUCUGGCUCACUGCCCCACGCCGCCUCGCCGCACUCGGCACCAGGCGCCGCGCCGCGGGCCAUGGACCUGCCCCGGGGCCUCCUGAUGGCCUGGACGCUCAGCUUGUGGCCAGGGUUCACGGACACCUUCAACAUGGACACCAGGAAGCCCCGGGUCAUCUCCGGCCCCAGGACCGCCUUCUUUGGCUACACGGUGCAACAGCACGAAAUCAGUGGCAAGAAGUGGCUGGUUGUGGGUGCCCCAUUGGAAACCAACGGCCACCAGAAGACAGGAGAUGUGUACAAGUGUCCAGUGAUCCACGGGAACUGCACCAAGCUCAACCUGGGAAGGGUCACCCUGUCCAACGUGUCCGAGCGGAAGGACAACAUGCGCCUCGGCCUGAGCCUCGCCACCAACCCCAAGGACGACAGCUUCCUGGCCUGCAGCCCCCUCUGGUCCCACGAGUGUGGAAGCUCCUACUACACCACGGGCAUGUGUUCACGGGUCAACUCCAACUUCAGGUUCUCCAAGACGGUGGCUCCAGCUCUCCAGAGGUGCCAGACCUACAUGGACAUCAUCAUUGUCCUGGACGGCUCUAACAGCAUCUACCCCUGGGUGGAGGUCCAGCACUUCCUCAUCAACAUCCUGAAGAAGUUUUACAUCGGCCCAGGGCAGAUCCAGGUUGGCGUUGUUCAGUACGGAGAAGACGUGGUCCAUGAGUUCCACCUCAAUGACUACAGAUCCGUAAAAGACGUGGUGGAAGCCGCCAGCCACAUCGAGCAGAGAGGGGGAACGGAGACCCGGACGGCAUUUGGCAUAGAAUUUGCUCGCUCGGAGGCUUUCCAGAAGGGUGGAAGGAAAGGGGCUAAAAAGGUGAUGAUCGUCAUCACAGACGGGGAGUCUCAUGACAGCCCAGACCUGGAGAAGGUGAUCCAGCAAAGCGAGAGGGACAAUGUGACCAGAUACGCAGUGGCCGUCCUGGGCUACUACAACCGCAGGGGGAUCAACCCAGAAACUUUUCUAAAUGAAAUCAAAUACAUCGCCAGCGACCCUGAUGACAAGCACUUCUUCAAUGUCACGGACGAGGCGGCCUUGAAGGACAUCGUUGACGCCCUGGGGGACAGAAUCUUCAGCCUGGAAGGCACCAACAAGAAUGAAACAUCCUUUGGGCUGGAAAUGUCACAAACGGGCUUUUCCUCGCAUGUGGUGGAGGACGGGGUACUUCUGGGAGCUGUUGGGGCCUACGACUGGAACGGAGCUGUGCUGAAGGAGACCAGUGGGGGGAAGGUCAUUCCUUACCGAGAGUCCUACCUGAAGGAGUUCCCCGAGGAGCUCAAGAACCAUGGCGCAUAUCUGGGGUACACAGUCACGUCGGUGGUGGCCUCCAGGCAGGGGCAGGUGUAUGUAGCCGGAGCGCCUCGGUUCAACCACACGGGCAAAGUCAUCCUGUUCACCAUGCACAACAACCGGAGCCUCACCAUCCACCAGGCCCUGCAGGGAGAGCAGAUAGGCUCUUACUACGGCGGCGAGAUCGCCUCGGUGGACGUGGACGGCGACGGCGUGACUGACGUCCUGCUGGUGGGCGCGCCCAUGUACUUCAGCGAGGGCCGGGAGCGCGGCAAGGUGUACGCCUACAACCUGAGACAGAGCCGCUUUGUUUAUAACGGCACGCUGAAGGAUUCCCACGGUUACCACAACGCCAGAUUCGGGUCCUCCAUCGCCUCGGCCCGAGACCUCAAUCAGGAUUCCUACAAUGACGUGGUGGUGGGAGCCCCUUUGGAGGACCACCAUGGGGGAGUCAUCUACAUCUUCCACGGCUUCCGAGACUGCAUCUUAAAGAAGCCUAAGCAGAGGAUUGCAGCUUCAGAGCUGGCUGCUGGCCUCCAGUAUUUUGGCUGCAGCAUCCACGGGCAACUGGACCUCAAUGAGGAUGGGCUCGUCGACCUGGCCGUGGGCGCACUUGGCAACGCCGUGAUCUUGUGGGCUCGUCCUGUGGUUCAGAUCAAUGCCAGCCUCCACUUUGAGCCGCCUAAGAUCAACAUCUUCCACAGGGACUGCCAACGCAGCGGCAGAGACGCCACCUGCCUGGCUGCCUUGCUCUGCUUCACACCUGUCUUCCUGGCACCCCAUUUCCAAAUGGCCACUGUUGGCAUCAGGUACAACGCCACCAUGGACGAGAGGCGGUACAUGCCACGUGCCCACUUGGAUGAGGACGGGGACCGAUACACUCACAGGCCUGUCCUGCUCUCCUCUGGCCAGGAGCACUGCGAGCGGAUCGGCUUCCAUGUCCUGGACACCGCUGACUACGUGAAGCCAGUGACCUUCUCAGUGGAGUAUUGCCUGGAGGACCCCAACCACGGCCCUGUGCUGGAUGACGGCUGGCCCACCUCCCUCAGAGUCUCGGUGCCCUUCUGGAAUGGAUGCAAUGAGGAUGAGCAUUGUGUCCCGGACCUCGUGCUGGACGCCCGAAGUGACCUGCCCACUGCUAUGGAGUACUGCCAGCGGGUGCUGAGGAGGCCGGCACAGGGCUGCUCCGCCUACACGCUGUCCUUCGACACCACAGUGUUCAUCAUCGAGAGCACGCGCCGCAGGGUGGCGGUGGAGGCCUCGCUGGAGAACAGGGGCGAGAACGCCUACAGCACAGUCCUGAACAUCUCACAGUCAGCAAACCUGCAGUUUGCCAGCUUGAUCCAGAAGGACGACUCGGAUGGCAGCAUCGAGUGUGUGAACGAGGAGAGGAGACUCCACAAGAAAGUCUGCAACGUCAGCUACCCCUUCUUCCGUGCCAAGGCCAAGGUGGCUUUCCGUCUAGAUUUUGAAUUCAGCAAAUCCAUCUUCCUACACCACCUGGAGAUCAAGCUCGCCUCGGGCAGUGACAGUGACGAGCAGGAGAGCACCAAGGAAGACAACACGGCCCUUCUGCGUUUCCACCUCAAAUAUGAGGCUGACGUCCUCUUUACCAGGAGCAGCAGCCUGAGCCACUAUGAGGUCAAGCCCAACAGCUCGCUGGAGAGAUAUGAUGGCAUUGGGCCUCCCUUCAACUGUGCCUUCAAGAUCCAAAAUUUGGGCUUGUUCCCCAUCCAUGGGGUGAUGAUGAAGAUCACCAUCCCCAUUGCUACCAGGGGUGGCAACCGCCUGCUGCUGCUGAGGGACUUCCUCACCGACCAGGUGAACACAUCCUGUAAUGUCUGGGGGAACAGCACUGAGUAUCGGCAUGCCCCAACAGAGGAAGACAUGAGUCGUGCCCCACAGCUGAAUCACAGCAACUCCGAUGUAGUCUCCAUCAACUGCAACGUGAAGUUGGCUCCCAACCAGGAAAUCAGUUUCCGCCUGCUGGGGAACCUUUGGUUGAGGUCCCUAAAAGCACUCAAGUACAAGUCUAUGAAGAUCACGGUCAGCGCAGCCUUGCAGAGGCAGUUCCACAGUCCCUUCAUCUUCCGCGAGGAGGAUCCCAGCCGCCAGAUCACGUUUGAGGUCUCAAAGCAAGAAGAUUCGCAGAUCCCCACCUGGAUCAUUGUGGGCAGCACACUGGGGGGCCUCCUGCUCCUGGCCCUGCUGGUCCUGGCAUUAUGGAAGCUCGGCUUCUUUAAAAAUGCCAAGCGCAGGAGGGAGCCCAGUCUGGACCCAAACCCCAAAGCGCUGGAGUGAGGCUCUGGAGGAGGCUGUGACUUGAUGGGGGCCAGGACUCGGGCCAGGCAGUGUGCAGGCCCAGGCCCAUGGUCCCACAGAGCUGGAGCGGAGAGGACACCAGUUGGCUUUGCACUUGACCUCAUCUCCUGAGAGACCACACCUGCUCCCUCUGGAAUGGAACUCCAGCUGGUCUUCAGAGGGACUGUCCUACUGGAACGCCAUGCCACCUCCAUCACAGACCCCAAGGGAUUUAAAGGGAUACCACCCCAGCCCCACCCCACGGCCUCCCCCAGGUUCUGUGGGGGGCAUUUGCUGCCCCAACCGUUAUGGUGCUAGGAAUUUGUAAUCAUUCCUGUCCUCAGAAGAAACCCAAGGAAGAAGACUGUAGAUACAAACCUACCCCACACACUCCUCACCUCCAGUUCCAAAUGGACCCCAGGGGACAGCAGGAGGCGGGAUCUGAAUUCUGCAUCCUCCUCUCCCGGCCCCACCCCUUGCUGCCCGAUGGCUCCUGAGUCACGCCCACCCCAUCCCCCAACCCCCAUUCCCUUGAAUGAACCCAGGCCCAAGGGCUUGAUGGCAACAGCCGCUGGCAAGGGAUGAAGACUCUGGGAUGCAGAGAUUGUGAUGGACAGGCAGGUGGGACCUAGCAUAGGGGAGCCCACCCCGAGAUCAGGGAAGCAGACUGCUCUCCACCUAUGCAUUCACACUGACCGCCACCCACACACACCCCGAGCGUGCUAGCUGCUAGCGGCCUCCCGCCCUCCCUUCUGCCGCCCCCUUCCCAACCCCCACCUCUACCCCACCUCUGGCUGCUUUUGUUCCUAGGUACCUCACAGGAAGCAUAAGGAUAAUGCGAUUCCCAGGCCUCUGCAUUCCUUCUUCCAGGCCUCCCGCUGCAGCCGCCCAGGACUCGCUGGCCUGGCUGCUGGGCUGGGGCAGCAGGGGUAGGAUGGGGAGCCUCC